UUUAUUUACCAAUUAAAUUAUAAGUUUUUGAAGUGUGAAGUCACAGAUCUCAACAAUGGAAAAGUGCAGCUGUAUAACUUCAGUCCUCAGUUGUCCGGUGAGAAACCAGGUGUGGCUGAAACAACAACAGAACCUGAAACAACGACAUCAACAACACAAGAAGCAGCCAUAACUGGACAACAUUCCUACUUCACUGUCAGAGAUGGAGAUGAAGUUACUUUGCAUUGUGAAAAUGUGUUAAAGGAUCAGGAUGAAUGUAACAGUACUACCUGGAUCUUCAAUGAGUCAAGACGCACAGCAGUAGAGCUGAUUGAACUUGGGCAGAUUGGUGAAGAAGCCAAAGCUAAAUCAGACAGACUGAGUGUUACAGCGAACUGUUCUCUGGUUAUAAAGAACGUCACAGUUGAGGAUGUUGGUCGUUACAGCUGCAGACAGUUCAAAUCAGGACAACAACAAGGUCAAGACUCUCAGGUUGAUCUGUCUGUUGUUACCAUGACUGAAUAUAUGGACAAUAAUGAGGUGACGUUAAACUGCUCUGUGUCGACACGUGGACGGUGUAAACAGACAGUGAAGUGGGUGUUUAAGGGUAACGAUGUGGACAAAGAACACAAAGAGUUGAAGACAUCACAGUCUACCUGUUCAGUCACUGUGUCCUUCCUGACUUCUCAUUUUAUUUGCACAUCAAAUCAUGAGUUAUUGAAGUGUAAUGUCACAGAUCCCAACAAUAGAAAAGUGCAGCCAUAUAACUUCAGUCCUCAGUUGUCAUGUGAGAAACCAGGUGUGGCUGAAACAACAACAGAACCUGAAACAACGACAUCAACAACACGAGAAGGUGCAGACACCACAACAGCAACAUCUGCAACCAAUGAUGCUACAAUUACACCACAAGACUGGCGGUGGUUGUACGUCCUUCUGGCUGUGGUUUUAGUAGCACUGUUGAUAAUUGUUGUGGUUCUCAUCAGACGGAAGAGAGCUAAAGAGAACAAAACACAGAUGGAUGACAGCACUGGACUGAGCUUAAACCCUGCAGAGACUCAGCCUGCUCCAGAAACCAGUCAGGACACGGAUGAUCCUGAAGGUGGUGUUUCCUACGCCUCCAUCAGCUACACAAGGAAGACCGACAGUAAAGCCCGGGGCAAAGAUGAUGCUGAUGAAGAUGAUGCAGUGACCUACAGCACUGUAAAAGCUUCCUCCCCUUCUGCUGCAGCCUCCACUGAUCCCAGCAACGCUACCGCCUAACCAAACAAACCAAACUCCUGUCAUCACAUGAUUCAUUUUUUAUGAUCAGUUUCAGAAUGUAUUGCUCAAAAAAGCUGUUUAUCCAGAAAGGGUGUCGUAAGUUAAGUGGUAGCAAAAUGUAAAAAGGAGAAGUAAUAAUGCAAAAUUCAUAGGGUGGUUUCUUGAAAUAUAAAUUAACAUAAGAUAUGUUACAUUUUGCUUGAUGAACCUGCUAUCAAACGCUUAUUGUGCUCAGUGAUGGAUGUGGUAGCAUUGUAGUUCAAGCUUUAAAAUCUUGUUUUCAUUUUUAAACUUGUUGCCUGUAAUGAUCAGUUUUGAAUAAUUUAUCGAGUUUUAUCAGUUUUAUUACUUUUAAAAUGCUUUUAUUCUUUAUUUACAGUAUAUAUUUUUUCAGUGUAGUAUCACUGUUAAUUGUUUAAUAUGCAUUAAUUUGACCAUUUAUGUCUUUGUUUAGUUUUGAAUAUCCUGGUAUGAAAGUGUUCAAAGCAAACAAAGAGUUGGGAUGUGACAUUACAUGAUAUUAUUAACUAAAUGAUGAUGUCACUCUUGAAAGUUGUAUUAAA